UGACCGCAUGUAGUGUACAGGCGGAGUCGGGACGCGAGGCAGUGGCCGCUUCAGUCCGCUGCGCGCUCCCCCACAUACGGACGCGGACGCGCACUUAUCAUUACUGUUUUGUUUCCCGUGAAGCCAAGAUGAAAGGGCUACUGAUGCUGGCGAUAGCGCUUGCUAUGCUCUGUGCCACCGAUGCCGAGCGUCACCGGCGUCGCCACCGUCGCCUGCGCACCACCACGACGCUAGCGCCGCCUAUUAAUGCGGAAGAGGAAAAUGAAUCGCAGGCCUCCGUCAGCGCUGAAGAUGAAGAGGCGGAGCGUAUAGAACUGGGCAUGGCUGAGCGGAUGGACGAGAAGAAAUUCCAGGAGUACGAGAAGGAGCGAGUGACAGCUCUCCUUAACGAGAUAUCCCGGGACCGCGGAGUCGUCUACAAUGAAGCGUACCUCGGAGAUCCUUGCCUGAAGGUGCACUGCAGCGCGGGCCGCGUGUGCGAGAUCGACGAGCACGGGGACGCCGUCUGUAACUGCAUUAAGGAAUGUCCUCACGAGACAGAGUCGCGGCGCAAGGUGUGCACCAACAACAACGAGACAUGGCCGUCUGACUGCGAGGUGUACCGCCAGCGCUGCCUGUGUCUCGAGGGCUCGCCGCAGUGCCGCGGGCCGGAGUACCACCACGUGCAGAUCGACUACUACGGCCAGUGUCGGGAGAUGCCGGCGUGCAGUGAGAGCGAGAUGUCAGACUUCCCGCGGCGCAUGCGUGACUGGCUGUUCAACAUCAUGCGCGACCUGGCCGAGCGCUCCGAGCUGACCGCGCACUACCUCAUGAUGGAGAGAGAGGCGGAAACCAACCUCACGAGAAGGUGGACCAACGCCGCCGUCUGGAAGUGGUGUGAUCUGGACGCGCACGACAACGACCGCUACGUAUCCCGCCACGAGCUGUUCCCCAUCCGGGCUCCGCUGAUGGCCCUGGAGCAUUGCAUCGCACCGUUCCUAGACCGCUGUGACGAGGACCACGACCACCGCAUCACGCUGCAGGAAUGGGGCAAGUGUCUGCAGCUCGACGAGUACGAGUUAGAAGACCGGUGCGACGAGUUCGUGGACGAACCUACUUCGUAAACUGCCUUACGCUGCCCAGUCACUGAACCAGCCACACUGCCACCUAGCAGGGAACAAACAAACUUCAGCUUAUUGUUGCGCACUGCGAUACAAAAGAAAAGAGUUAAUGAAAUACUUGUAAAUAGCAGCACUGUGAUUUCGCUACCAAAUAAUAUUUGUUAACUGAAAGAAUUUUUAAUAAUAAACUAGUGUA